AAGAUCUGACCUGACGUCGGUGUUAGAAAAACGUGACGAUACGUCAACAUGCAGUUGGAGCGCUCUGAUUGGUCGAGUCCAUCCUGGCGUCGUUGCUGUGCGCUGCUAUGGGAGUUGACAGGUCGCCCAUCGGAAUUAACGCUCAAAGAAGAGAAACGUGACUGGUUACGUAACUUGUACAGGGGGAGGAUUUGCUCCACCGGUUGCUGCUCGGCCUGUGAAGAAACGGCGAGUGUCUUCGGCCUCCAGUCGGUUCAGUACACACAGUUUGAAACGACGACAACAAUAUUCACGGCGGACAUUUGACGGUGCAUGUACCGAGAUAACUUCGAGCUGACGGCGUAAAUAGUCCUGUCACAGGUGGGAAGUUGGAGAGGUGCUAUAGAAAACUCUAAUUAUGGCUGCAGUGCAUCACCCGGUGUACCCACUCAGGGACUCACUUUACUGGGAUGAAACCGAGUGCCUCAACUUCUAUGGGAUGUUGUCUCUCCACGAAGUCUUUGAAAUAGUUGGUUCUCACCUGACCGAGACAGAUGUUGAGGUGCUGUCCUUUCUUCUACAUGAAACCAGCACUGCGCCACACCCUCUCGAUCCAGCAGGCUGGACGGUCGAGCCCUGUGAGGAUGACCCAAAUGAUUCAGGUGUCACCCCGAGUCCAGAGCUUUUAAAAGCGUGGAUGCGGUUAAAACCUCAAGAGACUCGGCAGGUGGACGACUACAAGACCAGGGGUGGCCUUGAGCUCUUGCUAGAGUUUGAGAGGAGGGGAUACCUUGGUGACGGUAACCUGGAGCCACUACUCCAACUACUCAGAGUCCUUACCCGGCAUGAUCUGCUGCCUUUAGUGUCCCAUAAGAAAAGGAGGACAGUGUCUCCAGAGAGAACUGGACACACUUAUGGCGUAGAGAGCAGAGAGUUGAUGUGUGCCUCUGGAAUGCGACCCUGCUGGAGACAGACAGAAACGCCUCUUCCGUCUUUCACACAGCAAUUGAGAACUGGUAUUUACCCUCCUAUGGCUGUGCCGCCUCCUACGAGGCGGAGGAAGAGGAGGAGGGGAAACGGCUGGAGCCGUAGACCCAAGAAAACCAACAGACAGAGCCAGCCACUGCCUCCAACACCAGCACCUCAUAAAGUGUCUUGCGACGUGCGCCUGCGUGUCCGGGCUGAAUACCUGGAGCAUGAGUCGGCUCUUCGCAACGGCGUCUCCUCGGACAAGCGGCAGCCGCUGGAGCGCCAGUUUGAGUUGUUCAGCCAAGCCAACUCUCUGCUGCGCGCCAGAGAUCUGGGCUCCAUCGUCUGUGACAUCAAGUUCACGGAGCUGGACAACCUCGAGGCCUUCUGGGGCGACUACCUGAGUGGAGCUCUGCUCGAGGCCCUGAAGGGAGUCUUCAUCACCGACUCCCUGAGGAUGGCAGCCGGCACGGAGGGCGUCCGCCUUCUGAUCAGCGUGGACCAAGACGACUACGAGGAGGGCCGGAGACUGCUGAGUGCCAACAAAAUGCAGCCCUUCAGGAAUGGUGGGCGCAUAGAAACUCACCGGGCUUUAUAGGCUCGUAAGACUCUUUGGGGUGUAUUAUAUUAACCGUGGAGAAUAGAAUAGCAGUGACCAUAAAUGAAAAUUAUGGGUUCAGGUGCGUUUGGAAGCAUUUUUUAAAGCCUUCUUCUGUUGUUGCAAUUCACGUAAUAACCACAAGAUGGCAGCACUCACCAUAUGUUGUUUGUAUUCAUAACAAACGUCUAUGUUUUUUGAGUUUGAGUCCAUGUUUAGUUGGAACCUCAUUACUUGUCAGUGGAAGAUGAUUAAUUAUGGAUCGAUGUGCUUUCCCUUUAGAUUUAUGCACAGGUGCUACUUUGUAAGACUCCAGGAGGAAGUGGGACAUUUGAGGAUCUUUCUUCUUAGCCUCAGAGCAUGAACAAGAAGGUCUGCCACCAUAUCAAGUGGUAAGCCCCUAAAUUUAUACAGGGAUAUUGGGAGUUUAGAUUCCAACUAAGAUCAACUAGCUCUCAAAUGUAAAGGGACUGUUAUAACCAACAAAUCAUGUUCAACCAUUGGUUAUUCAUCUGAAUUUGAGAAGUUGUACUUGAAGGAAAAUGACGACGUUAACUUGAAGUUACCUUCUUGGAUGCCCCUUUAUUUGAUCUGAUUAAAGGGACGAAGUAAACUAUUAAAGGUUGCUGAGAUUCAAAAAUAUAAGAAUUGUGCACAGGUGGAAAAGUGAGUUUCUCCCACUACAGAUCGGCCUUUGUGUUAAACUUUAGAGAACCUAGUUCACACCUAGAUAACUAACACUGGAAGUGUGAGCCCCCUGUACAACGAUAACCCAACUUGUAAUUGCUGUGGUCAGUGGAUGCAACAGUUGCCAGUAGAUGACAGCGGGGAUUAGGGCUCGUUCUCAACAGACCAUGGAAUGUUCAUCAUCACGAGAUUGUCAACAGCAACCCGGAUAAUGCAGCGGUGGCUUGUGUCCCGGCUUCCAGCUAGGCCUCAGCAAGUGCUUCUCUCAGCAAGUAAAGCACAGGACAGUGCGUCGGUCAAUAGAAGUGAUGUUGGGGAGAUCAAAAUCAAAAGUGCACAUCCCAGCUCCACUCAGCCCUGCUAUGUAGGCCCAGUAGAGUGGCUCAUGGACAGCUGUCUACUCACCCUGCUGGAACUAAUGCCUGGACUUCACUCAUAGAAGACGAUCAAUAAGGCCCCUCACUCUAAGUCCCUUCAUACAGGCACGACUUAAGCAGACAGACAGUGUCUGAAGUGCCGGUCUCUGCAGGGCCAGGCAGAGAGUGGGACAAUGGACAGAUUUCCAUCUUUAUUUUUCUGUCUUUUUUGGUAAAUAAAUUUAUUAACGUAUGUUUGUAACGUUCAUAGGAAGAAAAAUAUGAUUCAGGGGAACAUUUAUGUUAAAAAAAAAAAAAUGUUUUUGCUUUUGGUAGAGCAUUUUUUUUGUUAUUGUUGUUGAAAUCUUUAUAUAUUAAAAAAAACAUAUUUCUGGUGAAUAAUAAAGGGUUUUUGAUGGCCUAAA